GACCAGCUUCCCUUGGGUACCUGUAGCGUGUAGUCCACUCUACCAUCUGUCGAAAUCCUUUUCUUUGGGCUCGACGAUCAAUUUGCAAUUAUCUUGUCGACGAUUAUCUCUCACCACCCGUUUUUCGGAGUACCUGAGGCGUUUGCAUUGGCUUUUAUCAGCCAGCGUGACUUAUCACCCUCUUACAUGCUGCUGCAGACUUACACUUUGAAUCAAGUUAGCACACACAUUACCUGCCUCUAGCUUGUUGCAUCAUCGACAAGUUGGCAACAGGAAUUUUCAGAUGGCGGAUCGACUCCUCGCUGCCAAGCAAGGAGCUUACACCGACGCCUUGUCGCCCCGGGACGCCAACGCCCAACUUCCUAACCGUGCCCCUAUUUCCACGAAACCGAAAGCAGCCGUGGCUUCCAAAGCUCCCCCAAAAGAGAAGGAGCCGCCUCUUCAGCCUCCGCUUCAAGUCUACGAGCCUCCUAGCACAGAUCGCAGGGAUGGCGCCGUUUACCAGGUUGGCAAAAUGCUAGGCAAAGGGGGGUUUGCAGUGUGUUACGAAGGACAGUUGCCAGGGCAUAGAAAGAAGUAUGCUUUGAAGAUUGUCAGGAGCAAGAUGCCGUCUAAAAUGGAGCAAAAGUUUCAAACGGAGCUACAAAUCCACUCGAAGAUGAGGCAUCAAAAUAUCGUCCAGUUCUUAAGGGCCUUUUCGUUCGACAGCUGCACCUACCUUGUGCUAGAGCUGUGUCCAAAUGGCUCUCUUAUGGACAUGGUUAAGCGCAGAAAAGGUCUAACCGAGCCUGAGGUACGGUUCUACUCAAUCCAGAUUGCCGGCGCCAUCAAAUACAUGCAUGCCAAAGGCAUUAUCCAUCGAGACUUGAAGAUGGGGAAUAUCUUUCUGGACAGGAACAUGAAUGCCAAGAUCGGUGAUUUCGGUCUGGCGGCUUUAUUGGUCACUGGCAAAGAUAUGCAGACUAUCCGCCGGACAACCUUAUGUGGCACACCCAACUAUAUUGCACCUGAAAUUCUUGAGAAGGGCAGAAAGGGCCACGAUCACAUGGUCGAUAUCUGGAGCUUGGGAAUUAUCAUGUUUGCUAUGUUAACGUCGAAACCACCUUUCCAAUCUUCAACAACCGAUGAGAUUUAUCGCCGAGCAAGAAACCGCGAUUAUGAAUGGCCAAAGCCAGGCAGUUCCAAUAAGUUCAUAUCAGAAGAAGCCAAGGACAUCGUCGCAACUAUGCUAGAAGAUGCUGAGCGGCGACCAGAUCCAGACAGUAUUGUUCAACACGGCUUCUUUUCCUCCGGUUAUGUUCCUACACCAAGAGAAAUCACAACAAAACUCAGAGAUGUUCCCCCGGACGAUGAUCGCUUCUACGCAGCAGAUGUAUCUCCGAAGAUGGCGGUAGAAAUCUCGCAAAACCUGCAAGACUUGUGUAGUGUUUGCGAAGUCGGACCAUGGAGCAAAGCUCAGACGGCUUACAAGAGCACCUGGAAAGAGGUUGCGCUAGAAGAGCAGGCUGGAUUAACACCUAUAAUUCCUCUGGCUGAGGGUAUCGUUUACCGGCCAUAUGAAGAAGUUAGUAAGGAACUUGGCUUGACUCAGGUCCCCAUUCGGCCACCUCCACAACCUAUUUCGAGAGCUAGCGAUGAUGGACAAGCGGCGCAAACAAAUCUGACUGGUUUGCUACGCGCCCCUCCACAAAGCUUUGCAGCGCAGCAAAGGGCACAAAACAAGCCUACAAGGUCCCAAGCAUUACCGCGAGUCCAAACGUUGAAUGACAUAGCACCGCCAAAUGCUAGUGGCACGAUGCGACAGCGACCGAGGCGGGAAUUUUCCCAAACCUCGACGGAGAGCAGCCUUGCUAGGAAGCCAGAGGCUGUAUAUUCAACAGUCUCAGAAAUUUCACGAACGAGAUCUACUUCUACGUCUACAUCUUCGUCCCAAGCAGCUUCGUCAGAGACAAAGAAAACGACUACCCAGUCGAAAGAGAAAGAAAGUUCAGUGCCUCCAUCAGUCCUUCCACCGGAGACUACCGAAAGAAUGAGCUCCUUAUUUAGUUCCAAGGAGCGUGUAUUGGCAGUACCAAACACAAAACCUGAUAUAGUAUUGGACCGCCUUCGAAGUCUCCAAGCAGAACUCGAACGUGCUCUGAAUUCACGUUCCAUGGCACUCCUUGGGAAGGCAGCAGCUCCGUCACCUCCUCAUGUUGUGGUGAAAUGGGUAGACUACUCGAACAAAUUCGGCUUAGGCUACAUCUUGAAUGAUGGAAGUGUAGGCUGUGUCCUCAAGAGCAUCCCUGGUAGUGCCAGAGGAGGCAAAGUGGUCAAGCUGCCACCAAGCUGUAUCCUUGUCCGCGGAGCGGAACAGCAUUGCUCGCGGCGACAGGAUCCUGGUUACGUUGACCGACAACAAAUCGUACCUAUGACCAACGAAAUACAGUUUUACGAGAACAAUGGUGAAACUGGCCUUUGUACAGUUUUUGUUCAUCCUUCGCAGUUCAAGAUUGUACCCAACGACGAUGGGACACCAGGCAAAAUUCCUGCCGGCAACGAUAUUUACGACUAUAGAAAGCGAGAACAUCUAAUCUUGUGGAAGAAGUUCGCUAAUUACAUGAUGGCAUAUGGACGAGAUCAGGAUGGUAUCGAUGGCACAGGGCAAAUAGAAACCCUAGCCUCAUCUAGGCAAACGAUGCCACCUAGUGACGUAGUUACUUUCUACCAACGCACUGGGGAUGUUGGAUGCUGGGUUUUUGGGGAUGGUCAUUUGCAAUUUAACUUCCCCGAUCACACUAAACUUGUACUCGAUGCGACUGGGACUUGGUGUCAUUUCUGGCACCUCCCCCAAGGUUCAGCAGAGAAACUAGCCACAACGGGAGAACUAGACGAAACCGCGUUGGAUGAGCGCGGUAUUCUGUCGUAUCCUGUGCAGACGCUUUUGAAUUUCACGACGAAGCCACCGAUUCGACCGACACGCAAUCCCACUCGCAAACGCCCGGAAAUUAACCCGGAUAUCCAGGGAAUACCAGGGGCUAACGAUUUCCGCCGCAAGAUAGAAUUUAUUGUUAGUAUCAUCAGGGAAUGGACAACCAACAAUGGGCUGGGCAAUAGCAGAAUGGAUCGCGAACAUCGCCUAAUGUGGGCGGGUAGUCGUGAGACGGUGCGCAGCGGCCCGAGCAAACACGUCUGGGUUACUAUUGGCGCAAGAUGGGGUGACUGCAGGUACUCUGCUGUUGUCGAUCCAAAGAAUCCUGAAGUGCUAGGCGAUGAGAUCGAGUCGAAAUCGUCGUCAUCGAGCGCCUGAUUAUACUCUGGAAGCGGUAGGCUAGUACUACACUGUUAAAUCGCACUAUCCCCAUACACAGGGAACAGCCGGUGUUUACAUAGAUUCAUGAGAUCACGAGGCGUUUUUGUUCCGAAGGGCUUCAUGGCAUGGCGUAGCGUGUAUGCGGAGUAAUAUUUUUUUGGAAUGAGUCUAGCUAUCGAAUAUACCCUGUUUCUGUAAGCUGAGUAUUCGGACAAUGCAACUUUUGGCAACCGAGCUGUGGUGCAUCAAGACGAUUAAUCAAGGGACCCUGACUGACUCGAGCUGUCCUCCAAUCAUUUUGCUAAGAAUUUCACAAAAGAAAAUAUCAAUAUACUGCAAUGGUUGUCUCGUGAUCGUGCGUCGUCCUUCCCUGAAAAUGCGUAUUUCCCAAGUUUAAGGAGAAUGUCAUUGAAGGCCGGUGCGCACGCCGCAAGCCUUAUUAUGCUGUCCCUCCUCUACAUCUACCGAAAACAUGCACAUAUCAGACAUUAAGUUUCCGUUACGACACUUAGGAAGAAAAAUGGACAGACGACAUUUGUUGACAAAUCAUUGCCCAACUCCCCAUGUGGCUCGCGACCUUGGAUUUUAA